AGUUUCUGUGAUUUGUCUUAUCUUCCCCAGACUUUGUUGUCUUCUCCAGUGCCAUUCUCACCUCUGAUUCAGCCAUGGCUGCCCUUCGCGCCGCGCUUCUCGGCGUGCUUGUAGCGGCCAUCGCGUCAUUUGUCUACAACGACCCGCUCGCGCUUCGCCAGCCGGUAGACGUGUCGCCAGUCCUCCUCCCGCCGCUCGCGGUGCCGGGAGCUAGCGACCCCUCGAACCGCCUUGCUUCUGCGGAGAUAAAGUAUAAGUUGUACGAGCACCAGGGCAUCGGCCCUGAGAGUCUGGCCAUGGACGCUAACGGCAGCGGACCCUAUUCCGGCUUGGUAGACGGCCGCGUCGUGCGGCGGAGCGCGGACAACAGCCAAUGGGAGCCCUUCGCGCACACCUCUCCGAAUCGCACCCCUCAGUUGUGUGACAUUCCGCCAAAGUCACAGCCGGAUCCGUCUAAGGAGCCUCUUUGCGGCCGUCCCUUGGGCCUGCGGUUUCACCCCGUUACUGGAGAGCUUUAUAUCGCGGACGCGUACUAUGGGCUGAAUCGGGUCGGCUUAAAUGGGGGACAGGCGGAGCAACUGGUUGGCGGGAAGCUGGUGGACGGAGAGAAGUUGUCCUUUAUAAACGACCUCGAUAUGGACGCGGAAGAUGAGAACGGAACAGUGUAUUUCACUGUAUCGAGCACCAAAUACGAAAUGAGGAAUUUCCUCUCCAUGAUUCUCGAUGGCGGGGCGGACGGCGGCCUAUACAAGUACGACAUUGCCACGAGGGAGGUGACUCGCCUCGUGCCCGGCGUGGCAUUUGCCAACGGGCUCGCCCUCUCCCAGGACCGCUCGUUCCUCGUCUACUGCGAGACCAUCAGAGCCAGGUGCAACCGCUACUGGCUCAAGGGCAGCAAGGCGGGCAGCCACGAGGUGUUUGUGGACCUGCCCGGGGUGCCAGACAACCCCAGGCUCAACCCCCGGGGGCGUUUCUGGAUCGCCAUGCCUGCGUACCGAACCUCCGCUUAUGACUUCCUCGCUCGCGCCCCUCGCCUGCGCUCCAUCCUCCUGCGCCUGCACCUGCACCCGCUUCUCCUCUACGCCGGAAUUUUCGGGCUGCCCAACGGAAUGAUUGCAGAGGUGGACGCGGCCGGGCAGAUCACCGACAUUUUGGAGGACCGGGCAGGAAAGCGGGUGAAGGCGCCGAGUGACGUGAUGGAGAGGGGCGGCAAGCUGUGGAUAGCGUCCCUCAUAGUGCCGAAUCUUGCUGUGCUGGACUAUGUGCCGCCAGGCACCAGCACUGCCUGAUGACCUUUCUGAGGCACCUAGGGGCUUCAUUCCAGUGAGGUGAUGGAGAGGGAUGGGGGGCGGCCGGCUGGGGCUAGCGUCCCUCAUCCCAACCUUGCUGUGCACGAGUACCGGUAUGUGCCAGCUGGUGCCAACGCUGUGCCUCCUUGUGGCAGCGCUGCCUGAUCACCUUUCUUUUGGAGCCGCCUCGAGGGCCUGCCUGCAUUGCAUGGCACCGAGGCGGGUGGUGGAGAGGGGUGGAGAGGGGUGGCGAGCGGUGGGUAGCGUCCUGCGUAGUGCCCAACCUAGCAGUGCUGGAGUAUGUGCCGGCUUGGGCCAUCAUCGCUGCUUGACCGGAGUCCCUGUAGCUGCCUCCAACUUUGCUUGCCUUGCACCUUUGCUCGCCUUUGAACCUUGGUUUGUUGUGCAGCUUUGAACCUUGGUUUGCCUUGGUUUCGCUAGUAAACGUCCUAGUAGCCU